UCACUGCCUCCCCGAUUGUGUUGACGGUUGUUGCCGCCGAGGCUGCAUAAUAUAUAUACUCAUGCAGUCAUGGCAGGCUACGAUUUCAAGGACGAAGAGCAGGUCCGGGAGUACCUGAAGAACCUCUACACGGAGUACAAGUUCGGCUGCUACGGGGAAAAGAAGCCGGAGGUGUGUCACCUGCUCGGGGAUUACAACGAGGCCAUUAAAAAGGACUUCAAGCAGGCUGCCAGUAUUUACGAGAAAAAUUGCAACAAUCUCGAUUACGGCAGGAGUUGCGCCAAACUCGGUGGAUGGAAGCUCAUAGGUAAAGGUUGCAAGAAGAACAUCGUGGAGGCUUUUCAAUACAUGAAAAAGGGCUGCGACUUUGGCGAUGGAAUCGGAUGCACGAACGCAGGCAUAGUCUCGAUAACGAACGUUGACGUGAACCGUGAGAACAAACAAGCCGUCAUACAGAGUGGCAUAAACAUGCUAAGUAAAGGCUGCGUCGAGAGUAAAAACGAAAAGGCUUGUUACUUCCUCACGGGUCUCUUUAUAAACGGCAUCGACGGAAUCGUUGAGAAAAGCCCCCUCGAAGCCUACAAGUAUUCCCUACUGGCUUGCGAGUACGGCGUGCCCAACGCCUGCAUGUACAUAUCCCGCCUGCACGAGCUCGGCGAGGGGGUAGAGAAGAAUCCAAAGCUGGCCGAAACUUUCAGAUUGAGAUACCGCGAUCUGGAGCAGCAGUACAGGCAGCUCCAACCGACUAUAGAAUUUGGUCAAGGCAUCGAGCCUUAAACACUCGGUUUUGCUUU